ACUGGAUGCCCUGGGCAAGCUGGGAUCAGGACUGGGACCAGGCUUCUGAAGCUGCUGAGCGACCUGAUAGAGAAGAUGAAGACCUUUGCUGUACUCGUCCUGUUUGCCUUGGUGUCGGUCUGUCUGUCCACAGGAGACUCCAAAGACACUGUAUCAGGGAACGUCGCUGAUUCUCCAAGCAAUGCGGAUAUAUUUGUGAAGAGAGACCUGGCCUCCAACCUGAUGAGGCAGAAGAGGGCUGGGACAGCCCCCACAGCCCUGACCCUGACCCAGCUAGAGAGCUUGAGAGAGGUCUGUGAGGUGAACAUGGCGUGUGAGCACAUGGCGGAGACUGCUGGAAUCGUGGCCGCUUACACGGCUUACUACGGACCAAUCCCCUACUAGUCAGCAACAUGGCCGGCCUGUUGUCUCCGGGAUAAGAGCUUGUCAGGAUUGUCACUGUCUUUUUCAGGAAGCAAUUUUUUUGGUGCUGAAUUUAAAGAGGACCAACGAUCUGAAUGCCCCCAAAGAUUUAACCUUCAUGUGACACCGAUCUCAGCAACUGUUUCAGGUUGUUAGAACAAAACCAUAUGUUUGGAUUGGAAGCUAAUAUCCAUCAUGUGCCCAUCUUAUUUAAAUCAGAAACCCUCAACUCUAUACUAAUCAUUCACUUAAGAGGGAGACAGAAGAGAGAGAUAGAGAGGAGAGAGAACGAGAAAGAGAGAGAGAGAGAGAGAGAGAGAGAGAGAAGUAUGGAAUAGUAGAAUCUAGCUUGUCGCAUGAAAAUGCCACCAUCAUGGUUGUUAAAGGGUACAACUAUAGAUGUAAACAAUAAUGAAGACCAGCCAAUACAACCCCUGGACCCUGUUAAAUGGGCGGAGACCUCAACCCCCCCAAAGCUCAACCCAAAGUUAUACACCUAUCAUUGAUCGCAAUUUAGAAAAUAAAAUCUGCAUUUUGUUUUCUUGCUAAUGUGUUUUUGUUGUCUCUCUCUGUUUUAGUUUAUAGUAGAUGGCUUCAUUAUUCCUUAGUUUAGCAACAAUA